GAUUUAGCAGAAGCUAAAGAGUUUUUACAGCGCUCUUCGAUGACUACACUUGACUACAGAAUUAUGAGUUAAAUACAUGGAUUUUCAUCUGCAAUGAAGUUCAUAAUUUUCUUAAUCUUCAUACCUUUGGUUUACUCAGAGUUGCACACCUUCAUGACCACAUACACUGGAAUAAGUGGUCAGAAUUUUACAGGAACUCCAGAGUUUUCUGCUGUAACUACACUGGACGGACAUCAGAUUGAUUAUUAUGACAGUGACAUAAAGAAGCUGAUUCCCAAACAGGACUGGAUGGAGGAGUUUGCAACUAUAGACACAUGGAAAGAAGACACUGAGAUCAGAAAACAUGUGCAGCAGGUGUACAAAAACAACAUUCAUGUUCUUAUGGAGCGAUUCAGUCAUUCACAUGGAGUUCAUACUUUUCAGAGGAUGUAUGGAUGCAAUUUGGAUGAUGAAACUGGAGAGACACAAGGGUUUGAUCAGUACGCUUAUGAUGGAGAGGAUUUCAUCUCACUGGACCUGAAGGAGCUCAGAUACAUCACACCUGUACAGCAGGCAGAGCUAACAGUGAUGAAGUGGAAUAAUGACAGAACACAGCUUGAAUUUCUGAAACAAUACUUUGGGCAAGACUGUGUUGACUGGCUGAACAAGUUCUUACGUUUGUCUAAAGCUACUCUUGAGAAAGCAGAUCCUCCUAAAGUGUCUCUGCUGCAGAAGAACCCAGACUCUCCUGUGGAAUGUCAUGUCACAGGUUUUCUCUUCAGAAACACAACCAUCUCAUGGAAGAAGAAUGGACAAGCUAUGAGUGAUAAAUUGGAGUCUAGAGACACAUUACCAAAUGAGGACAGGACCUUCCAGAGGACUGUAGCCCUCUAUGUCCAUCCAGAUGAAUGGAAGAAGAACCAGUACACUUGUGUGGUGGAGCACAAGAGUUUGACUGAGACCAGCCAGAAGAUUCUGACUGAAGAUGAGAUCACGAGGAACAGACCUGGAUUAUAUGUUCCAGUCAGUAUCCUAGUUGUUGCACUGAUUGUACUGUAUGUAAUUUGGAAAUGCAGGAAGUAAUCCAAAGCUUCAUGAUGCACCUCCAUUUAUCUCACUUCACAGCCAACAAGAAGAACAAAUGUAUUCCAAAACACAUACAGAACAUUCACAGGCUCUUAUCUCCUCUCCAGAAGACUGUGGUGUGUGAGUGAGCAGCACCUCAUGCACAAAAUCACUUUCCAGAACCUUUACCUUCACAGUUCCUCACCGGUGGAACAAUCUUCCCAACCCUACCCAACAACAGGGUAGGGUCCUUUUAUAAAGGAUUAAAAACAAAAGACUUUUAAAGAUUAUUUUUUCAUGAGCAUUCAACUAUACAUACUUAAAAUAAUCUUUUUUUUUAAUAUACUUUUACUUAUUCUUCCGUCUCUAAUCAUUGGAUUUUAGCAUUUCUUUUAGAAAGAAUCACUUUAGCCACUUUUCCACCAUCAGGCCACACCGUUCUCUUUGCUGAACCGUUUCAUUCCAUGCUGAUAACGGAACUCUUUGGAAAUGUGUCAGUCAUUAGACGGAAGAGUUUACAGACGUUAUGAGAUGUAAAUUGUAGGGCUGGAUAUCAGUUUAGAUGUCCCAAUUUGAUUCGAUUACAAUUCACAAGGUCUCGAUUCAAUUUCGAUUCUCGAUUUUUUUAAUUUCGAUUCUCAAUUCGAUUCAAUGAAAUAAUAAUAAAAUAAAUUAAUAAAAUAGUUAUUGUUUUUGACCAAUGUAUCCUUAUGUUGUAAAUAAAUAAUAACCUUAAGUUAUUAAUAGGUGACCCAGUACCAUUUGUACCAUUUCCAUGGAGAUAUUAGAAUGCAUUUUACCAAUCAGAUGUUUAUAUAUUUAUGCACAUAUCUUAUAUGUCUAAGUACUAUAUAUGUGCCUUAUAUCCUGUGGAUAUUGUAAUAAAUAAGGUUAUGACACCCAAUAUUUUAGAUACCAGUGAAAUUUAACAAUUCUCAAUUCCGUUUGAGAACACAGCUAAAGAACAAAAGAACAAAUAAUUAAAUUAUAAGCAAUAGUACAAAUACUGUAAAUAAAUACAAUAGAACAAAGAUACAAAUGAAAUAAUCAGUGCUUUUAAGGUUUUUUUAGGUAGGUCUAAAAGUGGUUUUCAGGUACAGAAAUUGAGUAAUCAAAUGUAAAAUAAUACUGCAAAUAAUCUUCACUGUACAAACUAAAUAAAGGUCAAUCCUUAUUAAAGUUAAAAAAACAACAACAUAUAUUCAGUGAGUGAUUUUCUCUUUUGUAGUUUGAUUAAAAACACAAACAGCUGCAGGAAUAUUAGGUUGCUGUCACUUUAAGCUAAUGCACGGAUCCAAUAUACUGAUACACAUGCGUCCUUUAUUUACUGCUUACCAUAACCAUAACCGACUAUGUUUAGAUACUCGCAAAGGCAGGCAUUUUGAGAUAAGUUUGUGUGAAUUUGCCCAUUUAGGUGCAAGGAGAGGUGAAAGAGAAUUAAUUUUAUUAUUUGCAUGCUGGCUUAGACGUGCAGCUAUGAGCGCUUUGGGUGUGCGCGCACAAAACUUCUCACAUGGCGCGUGCACCAGGUUCUCUUUCUCUUGAAUGCUUAAAUUGGCAAGACUUAAACGUGCAAAUGAUAAACUUUCGUGACAAUGCAGUGCUUUCCCGAUCGGGAGACUGACAGUUCCUUCAACUGUCCGGAACGUCUUUCACACUGAAAGGCGCGCCUGCGUCCGUCAUGUUCAGCACCGAAUAAAUGACAAUAUCACACAAGGUAAAUAAGAGGAUGACAUGUAGUGGAUAAGACUAGUAACAGGAUAUUUCUAGUGUUUACUUCGCUUAAAAAGUGCUACAGAGAAACUGACACCCAUUCUACCAACAAACUAUUCGGGCCAAGAAAGUUCUGUAAUCACGCUGUUCUGAACCAAACUCAAGUGGAAAAUAACCGUAACCAUUUCUUUCCAUUCUUAAAACCAUUCAGCCCGACUGUGGAAAAGCCGUUUUUGUUGUAUUCCGUUAUUUGUUGGAGAUAUUUGUCUUAAUGAUAUUACUUGAUAUUUGUAUUUAAAAAAAAAUUUAAAUAAGAACUAAACUUCUCUAGCAAAAAAAAAAAAAUCUAUAGAAAAGUCCUGUCAAAAAGACUAUCAAAAAAUUUACUACAAAAAAUAAUCUCACAUUUUGAAUUUGCAGACAUUUGCCUGUUAAUAACCUUAAGUUCUUAAUAGAUGACCCAGCACCAAUUGUACCAUUUUUAUGGAGGUAUUAGAGUGCAUUUUCCCAAUCAGAUGUUUAUAUAUUUAUGCACAUAUCUUAUAUGUACUACUAUAUAUGUGUGCCUUAUUUCCUGUGGAAAUAUAUGUAUGUAUAUAUAUAUGUAUAUUUAUAUAUAUGUUUAUACACUGGAGUCAAUGAUCAGUUUAAGUCAAUCUGUUUGAUGGUUUCUCACUGGAAAGUACUUGUUGUGCUUGUGGUUAACAGCAUCAAAAAUAAUGCUAACCUGUGACCUUCACAACAUUGUUCCCAUCAACAUGUAUUGAGAUGUUUUUCAUCCUGUUUAUUAAUCCUUUAUCUUUCCUGCCUUAUUUAUUUUGUGCUACAUUAAAUAAUAAACCUCUAUACUGU